AUGUGGACGGGGUGUGAGUGCGAGGUGGACCCCUGCCUGCCGAACUGCUACACAGAGCUGGCGGACACCCACCGCAGUGUCGGGUACACGGCGCAGUACCCACUGACCCCCCUCUGUGACAUCUCCUUGCAAAGUGGCUGGUACCGCUUCGCGAACGGCAUGAUGCCCGAGAUUUGCGUCCCCAGAUUCCACUGCGGGACCAUAGUUCCGGUGUGGAUGGCCGGUAAGCACCCGAACGAGGAGGAAGGGAUCGUGGCGAGAAAAGCCUGCGCCAACUUCGAAACUGGAGGCGAGCAGUCGAACCCUUGCUGCGAACAUUCUGUACAGAUCGCCGUCAAGAACUGCGGCGACUUCUUUGUUUACUACCUGCAGCCCACUCCUGCCUGCCCCGUCGCCUACUGCGCAGGUCCGGAACUUGAUCUUUACCUGUUAGUACAAGUGAUGUUAAACAGCCAUGUCCUGCAAAUAAAUGGUCAGCGACUGGAUUUGAACCAUGUACAGAUUGAUACAGACCCGGUUCUGAAAGGACCGGAAGUGACGAAUAACUCCUUCCGGUUUUCCUGCGAGAUUCCUGCCCAAAAUAACGACCCUAAUCAGAUGUUUGAGGUGGUCUGGACUUUUGACGGACACGUGGACUCAGCAAUUCCAUCGACGGUGCUGAAGUCCACAGACCACGUGGCAUAUCUGCCCGGGUCAUCGCUGAAAGGUCACAUGGGAACGAAUGUCGGCUGCAAGGUGAGGACAUACUACAGUGGUAGAAACGUCACCAGCCCAUGGCUCGAUAGCAACACCUACUGGGCAGGCAUCAGGACGAACCCACCCAGUCUUCAGAUCAGUGAGAAGGAAGAGAUAAGAAAUGUCACCCUGACCUCUACUAUCCCCAUCGUGUGCGACCACAACUACACGUGCUGCCUAACUGUCAAACUGGAUGUUGAUGGUCCCAAGACUUCUAAAGACCUCAUCACCGAUGGCAACAAGGACGUGCUGCUCAGCUUUGAGCAGAUCCUGACUGCAGGGGGAGGACCCUACCUGGGUGCCUUUGAUGGAUACCGCUUUGCACCUACACAGAUCAAGGUUCUGGAUGUCCCCACCAAGUCCUGCUCUUUGGUAGGAGACCCUCAUAUUACAAGCUUGGAGUCAUCGAGACCUUACGACAUGUUCAAGAUUGGCGAUUAUACGAUGUAUCAAAAUCCCAAAAGAGACUUUGAGAUGCAAGUUCGUACCUGGCCCUGCGGUCACGUGUCAUGCGUGUGCGGUGUGGUCAUCCGUGAAAAGAAUGACGUCAUACGUGUCGACGAGUGCGACCAGCCGUACGCCGGACAUCACACGUCUCCGAAGGUGGAAGUGUACAGUAAACCUUUAAGAGAAGGAACUGUCAUUCAGCGAUCCACCGAUGGUCAUGAAGUGACCGUCAACCUACCGUCCAGCACGGAGGUGAAGGUCACGGCAGCCGAUUAUGGACUGGACGUGCACCUGCUGGCGCCACCUGUCGACUCGGGGGAGGCGAGGGGCCUGUGCGGCACUUUUGAUGGCAACCCUAACAACGAGUUCACUCACCGUGACGGUCACGUGGACCCCGUGUGUCACUAUUGUCCCCGCCCUGACAGCUUCACCGACUCCUGGCGGAACAACCGAAGCACAAGCCUGUUCGAGUCUCUCCCUGUGAAAGUGAGCGAUAACUACGAAGCCUCAUACUGCACGUGCGACAAGGGGACCAAUAAUGACGUCAUCGCCAACUGCGCAUCGAGAGGCGCCAUCCCCAACACGGUCAUGAAGUGCCAGGCCUGCUCGAACAUCACAAACCUUGCGCCGAUCUUCGGGGGGAAUAUCGGGGGAUGGACGAGGCGGUCAGCUCCAGCUUACAACGACGUGGACGAGCCUGACCCUCGAUUCAACCCGGAAGACCACAAAGACUUUCAGCCCGGCAAUCCAACAUGGCCGACACCCAGUGGCAUCACCCAGCAGCAGGCUCACACCAAGUGUCUGGAGACACUGCAUGGCUCACAGAUAUGGACUCACUGUCAGGGCAGUCAGGAUAUCGUGGAUACCUACCUGCAGAACUGUGUCGCGGAUACGCUAUUCACAGACGGCUAUACCUUCCUGGAGGGCAUCCUGUCCUCAUUCACCACAGAAUGCCAGAUGGAGCUGAGUAGAGAUCCCAACAAUUACGUCACUUCCCCUGAUGGGAAAUUGAUGAUGAAACCGGAAAUCUCCACCGACAUCUGCAGCGCGAUUUGCCUGCGCCACGGCCGCUGCAACAGAGGGCAGUGCAUCUGCGACACCGGCUACGAGGGAGACAACUGCCACCUGCUUGCUGGCGUGGGGCCUCAACUGGCUAGAGUAAGGAGCUCCAAUGUUUGUGACAUCAAUGAGCGGCCAUGUCGGAAGGUUUUCAUCGAUGCCACGAACAUCGCCCUCACGGAUCAGCUGAUGUGUAGAGUACAGGAGGUUCUGCCGGACGGCUCCGUGUCGCACGAUGCUUUCAUCCAAGAAGGUCACUUCCUGUCAUCCGGGCGCUUGGCGUGUGCACUACCGGAUGCACGCAUAAAAUCAGAAAGGUCAGUGAAGACCUUCGUCAUUUCUGCGACAAACGACGGUCGUAUCUAUGGCAACCAGGUGAACGUGACGGUGUUUGACUCCAGAUGCCAGACAUGCAGAGGAGGAACUUGCCAGCAAAAGAGCUCGGCGUGCCUGAUAAAUAAUCUUUGUUAUUUGGACGGCGAGCGAAACCCUGCCAACACCAAUGAAGUGUGUCAGGUGACCUACUCCACCACCAUGUGGAAGAAUCUUCAGACCACUUCUGGGCGCUAUCCUACUAUGACGCCCCCUACCCUGUCUGGACCUGAUGCUGACUUUAUUCUGACGUGCACUCUACACUCAGAUGACGUCAGCUCAUCAGCACGCUUCGAGGUCACGUGGUACGUUAACGACCAACGUCAGAAAUCGGAAACGUUGUACGGCGCAGCUCGGGAAUCCACGUACAACCUUCCCGACAUGCCGACCACAAGUGGAAAGGUGUACUGCAUGGCUCGCUCUUUCUAUCGUGACGUCAGCGUCUUCAGUGGCUACCUGACCAGUGAAGCCAAGAUGGUGCAGAAGCCUUCGUAAUGGUCCAGCUGUGGCGUGGAUGUUAUUACACAGACUUAUGGCUACAUUUAUAUAAUUAUCCUUGAGAUCCUAGUUGAAAACAGUAUAUCCGCGCAAUAAAUGUUUGUUUUCUCGUCA